AUGUCUAACCCCCACGACUACAUAGUGGGCUGGAUUUGCGCCCUUCGCAUUGAAUACGUUGCUGCCAAAACGUUCCUCGACGAAAAGCACGCCCCACCAGAAUCUGUAUCCACAAACGAUAACAAUAUCUAUACCCUAGGCAAGAUCGGGAAACAUAAUACCGUGAUCGCCGUUCUCCCCCAAGGAGAAUAUGGCAUAGCACCCGCCGCUGGCGUGGCAAGAGAUAUGCUCCAUAGCUUUCCUAAUAUUAGGAUUGGCUUGAUGGUUGGUAUCGGUGGCGGUGCGCCUAGUCCGAAACAUGAUAUCCGUCUUGGGGAUAUCGUCGUGAGUGCUUCUGGCAAUGGAAAGCACGGCGGUGUAUUCAAUUUUGAUCAUGGAAAAGUCAUACAAAAUCAACCAUUCCAAGAGUCAGGAUUUCUAAAUCAGCCGCCUACGAUUCUGCGAGCAGCUAUGCAGGGACUUAGGGCUGACCAUGAGGCCGAAGGGCAUCAGCUUGAACGAUUCAUCAACGACAUUUUAGACAAGAAACCGAGACUGCGCAAAACGUAUGGACGGCCUCAGGGAAUUACUGAUCGACUGUACCAACCUGGGGUGCUUCACCAGCCGAAUGACGAGCCCAACUGUGACCUUUGCAGCAACGACCCAUCGAGCCUUAAAGUCCGCGCCGAAAGGACCAGCGGCGAGGAUAAUCUGUCAAUCCACUACGGUCUGAUCGCGUCAUCGGACAAGCUAAUGAAGGACGCUAUGACUCGUGAUGAAUUUGCGAAGAAAGGUGUCCUUUGCUUCGAAACAGAAGCAGCUGGCCUGGUGAACCACUUUCCAUGUCUGGUGAUUCGUGGCAUCUGUGACUAUGCCGACACGCAUAAGAACGACGAUUGGCAAGGCUACGCAGCUAUGGCGGCUGCUGCAUACGCCAAGGACCUUCUCAGUCAGAUCCAUCCAAAUAGGGCAGAAGUUGAGAAGAAGAUCAGUGAGGUUUUGUCUGACGUACAGAACGAGGUCACAGCUACAUCCAGAAAGGCUGACACGAUCAUUCGACACCAUCAAAUCCAGAAACACAAAGAUGUGUUAGACUGGCUGACCCUGGCUGAUUAUAGUCUCUUUCAGAGCGACAAUAUUGGGAGACGGCAGCCAGGAACCGGCCAAUGGCUUCUCAAUUCACCACAAUUCUGCAAUUGGCGGGAUAACCCUAAUCAGACCCUCUUCUGUCCAGGCAUCCCAGGCGCUGGCAAAACAAUUCUCACCUCGAUCAUAAUCGACAGCUUGGAAACACUAUUUCUAGAUAACAAUAGUGUUGGUCUUGCAUAUGUUUAUUGCAACUUUCGGCGCCAAGACGAGCAAACGGCCAGGGAGCUUCUGGCGAGCGUUCUAAAACAACUUCUACAAAGUCUACCAACUUUACCAGAGAGCAUCCAAUCACUCCACAGAAUGGGGUCACGGCCUUCAUUGGACGCCAUCUCAAGUACCCUCCUGUGCGUCGCUAAACUCUUUUCAAGAGUCUUUGUCGUCAUCGAUGCUCUCGAUGAAUGUCGGGCAUCUGAUGGCAGUCGGGCAAGGUUCUUAAACGAGAUCUUUGAUCUGCAAUCAAAAUGUCAAAUCAACAUCUUCGCCACUUCUAGACCAAUACUCGACGUCAUAAGUAUAUUUGCGAAUCGUGUUUCUCUCGAAAUACGUGCUACAGACGAUGAUGUCCGCAUGUUCGUCCGCGGCCACAUGCCGCAAUUGCCCGAGUUCUUCAGCCAACAAGGACUUGAAGAAGAUGUUACAAGCCAAAUAGUACGCUCGGUGCAAGGAAUGUUCCUUCUGGCCCAACUACAUCUUGACUCUCUACGUGACAGGACUUCAGUCGCCGCCGUCUAUAAGGCUCUUAAACAACUACCAAGCGGCUCAGAUGCAUACUACCACGCAUACGAGAUAGCCAUGGGGCGAGUAAUGAGCCAGUUGCCAGGCCACAAAGGCUUGGCUGUGCAAGUUCUGUCAUGGAUCACCUGUGCAAAGAGACCACUUACCGUUAAAGAGCUUCGACACGCCCUUGCUGUCGAGGUCGGCACCAACGAGCUCAAUAUAGAUGCGUUACCAGACACUAGUAUCAUAGUGCAAGUUUGUAUCGGACUCGUCACGAUUGAUGAAAGCGACGGCAUUAUCCGACUGGCCCAUUACACGACGCAGGAAUACUUUGAGAAGACACAGACGACCUGGUUUCCGAAAGCUGACAGCUAUAUCACAACAACCUGUGUUACCUAUUUAAGUUUCCGUGCUUUCAAAAGCGGGUAUUGUGAAAGUGACACGCUGUAUCUCUACGCCGCAAACAACUGGGCUUUCCACGCUCGCAAUGCUGCCACUAUCUGUGAGGGCGUCAUUGACUUUCUUGAGUCAGGUCCAAAUGUAGAAUCCUCAGCCCAAGUAUGUAUGAGACCCGAAUUGGUUACAUGGACAUCUAAGGAAGGUCAACGUGUCCACAGGAGGGCAAGGGGGCUACAUCUUGCAGCCUACUUUGGGGCCACAGCGGAAACGCGAAUCUUACUCCUUACGAAUGAUGUUGAACUGAAGGAAGGCUACGGUCGAACAGCAAUAUUCUAUGCAGCUCGAACUGGUCACGAAGCUGUCAUGAACCUGCUUCUCGACAGUGGUGCAAAGGCUGACUUGCAAGACAAUGGGGGAAAUACCCCGCUAUCGUUUGCGGCUGCUUAUGGGCACGAAGGGUGUACAAAAUUAUUGCUUGCACAAGGUGUCAAGACAGAUACAAUGGAUUGUCUCCGGCGGACCCCACUGUGUUAUGCGUGUGAGAAUGGACAUAACGCUGUGAUUCGUCUACUUCUUGAAGCCGGUGCCGAUGUUAACUGGGAUGGAGAUGGCUCCUACACACCAGUAUGGCAUGCAGUCAACAUGGAUCACAUCACCACGGUCCAGCUACUCCUCGAAAAUGGGGCCAGUGCCAACUCGGAGCUUAUCGGUGGAGAAUCGGCGCUGUCGAUUGCAUCCAAAUGGGGGAACCAGGCAAUGGUCAAGCUGCUUCUCGAGAAUGGCGCUCAAGUCGACUCUAACGACCGUUGGGGCAACACAGCCCUGGAAUGUGCAGCCCGUUAUUACCACAUUCCCAUCCUUCUGCUACUUCUCCAUCAUAGUAAGAGUAUCAACUUGAAAGAUCUUCGCCGAAAAGCGCCGCCAUCGCGUGUAGCUAAACAUGGAGAUCCGGAAGUUAUCAAGAUGCUCCUUGAAAAUAGCAUGAAGUUCCUCUUAAAAAGUAACUUUGGCCGCGCUCCACUGGCAUGUGCAGUCGACCGCGCUCUAAAGGAGGUUUCCGAUACGCUGGCAAGGUUGCGUAAACCUAAUCCAGGCCCACCAAGCAAAGCUCCCUCCCUCGCCUUUUCCAGAACUGUACCAAAAGGAACAUUCAAGUGGAAAUCGCUCCUUGCGGAUACCUUCACAGUUCAUAAGGAAUUGUCAAAUCCAAAGCGUUUGCAUCAGGAUGAUGGUACAUUGUCUGCCGCUGUUCCUUCCAAAACACAGCGAAUUUAG